AUGACCUGCUCUCCUGCUUCUAUCGUCCUCGUCGAGUCUAGCGUCCGGUGGUACCGCCCCGCCUCCUGCCUCCCUUCAAGCUCCCGGCCCAAGCGGCUCCUCCUCAGCCCCGACCAGCUCCGCUACCUCGAGCGCCUCCAGGACAAGCAGCGGCUGGCCAGCUCGGAGACCUGUGCGCAAGGGGAGGAGGACGCUGGGGCGGCUCGCGGCGGCAGGACGUCAGAGUCGAGACAGGCGUCAGCGGCAUGGCCGAGCCUGCUUGACGAGAUAGGCAGAGUGCGGGAGAGCAGGGGGGCGACCGCCCAGAGACAGCGAGACGGGAGGAAGAGGAGGGCCCCGGAGGCGGGGAGAGCGGAGGAAGAGUGUAGCCGCGAGCUUGCGAGUGUGAAUGCGCAAGGCCAGACUGAAACGCUCCGCCCCAUGAUGGCGGGGGCUGAGUUGAUGAUUGUGCUGUACUUGGGGGGGGGCUGGGGAGAUCAAGAAGACUGGGGCAUCACGGGAGGGGUACUAACUCGGAUCGCUCAGGUGGCUGAGGGAGGCGCUUGGCACGUCGCUUGCCAUCCCGGGCUGGUGCCCGACGGCCUCAAGCACCACGACAUGCUCGUUCCGAUGGACAAGCUCGGGAUCCAUUGGCUGAGCCCCGACCAGCUCCGCUACCUCGAGCGCCUCCAGGACAAGCAGCGGCUGGCCAGCUCGGAGACCUGUGCGCAAGGGGAGGAGGACGCUGGGGCGGCUCGCGGAGGCAGGACGUCAGAGUCGAGACAGGCGUCAGCGGCAAGGCCGAGCCUGCUUGACGAGAUAGGCAGAGUGCGGGAGAGCAGGGGGGCGACCGCCCGGAGACAGCGAGACGGGAGGAAGAGGAGGGCCCCGGAGGCGGGGAGAGCGGAGGAGGAGUGUAGCCGCGAGCUUGCGAGUGUGAAUGCACAAGGCCAGACUGAAACGCUCCGCCCCAUGAUGGCGGGGGCUGAGUUGAUGAUUGUGCUGUACUUGGGGGGGGGCUUGGGGAUUGAGGAUGACUGGGGCAUCACGGGAGGGGUACUAACUCGGAUCGCUCAGGUGGCUGAGGGAGGCGCUUGGCACGUCGCUUGCCAUCCCGGGCUGGUGCCCGACGGCCUCAAGCACCACGACAUGCUCGUUCCGAUGGACAAGCUCGGGAUCCAUUACCUGAGACUGGGAUUGGAAGCGAAAAGCCUCAAGUUCGGAUCGCCUUGA